AUUGCAGGUAUAUAUGUGGACAUCCUUUUUUUAACCAAGUCAAGUGAAUGUGUUCAACGUUAUAAAUCAUCGUGUACUCAAGAUGGACUUUAGCUUGCCCUUCUCGAUUCUCAUCGUCCUUUUGUUCAAGUUUUUUACGCAUGGCUUACCAAUGCAAGAGGAACUUUACGAAGGCAGUUACUGCAGAACGGAGGACGGCAGGCCAGGCGUGUGCAAAAAGAUAUACGAAUGUCCAUCCAGACUGCAAGAAGUAAAGGAAGGUAAAAGAAGCUCGGAUUCUACGGGACGUUGCGGCUUCCAGGAUUUCACGGAAAUAGUUUGUUGUCAGUUCAAUAUUACGGACAAAAUAGGACUUCGACCAGCAGAGAUAGCAUGUCGCCAGUACGAGAACGAGAUUGGAGCCAACGGUAAGGUGAGGAGGGGCACGGUUACGGCUGAAGUGCAGUUCAACAUAUUUGGCGGCACGCAGACCGAACACGGGGAAUUCCCGUACAUGGUCGCUUUGGGGUACGAGAACGAAGAUAAGAACGACGACAAUUCGGAAGCUAUCAAGUACAACUGCGGUGGCACGUUAAUUUCCUCGCAAUAUGUGUUAACCGCUGCUCACUGCGUCAAUAAUAUACAGGAGAAAGUGCCGAUAGAGGUAAGAGUCGGCAGCGAAGAUCUGAAGAACGUUGGGGACGAUGCGCAACGAAUUCCCAUAAGCAACGUAAUAACGCAUCCGCAAUAUAAGCGCAGCGUGAAUUACAACGACGUGGCUAUUUUGAAAUUAAGUACGCCUGUACGCGUGGCGAGUAACGUACGGCCGAUCUGUAUCCAAACGAAAUCUUUAGACUCCAUGGAUGUACGAUCGAACCUAACGUUUAUCGUGAUUGGCUGGGGCGCUACCAGCUUCGACGAGGACAGCAGUACCAAAUUGAUGAAGACACCGGGUCUCAGCCUCGUAGACAGGGAAUCGUGCGCGAAAUCGUUCAAUGGUUUCGGCAAGUUACCCCGCGGUUUGGACGAAAGUAUGCUGUGCGUAUUGGAUACCAACGUCACAAGAAGGUCGGACGCUUGUCACGGAGAUAGCGGCGGGCCCUUGUUAAUGCUCACCGAGUCUGGUUGUAGCAUUGUGGGAAUCACGGCUUUCGGCCAAAAUUGCGGAGGUUCUAUACCGGGAGUAUAUACAGCGGUAUAUUCCUUUCUGGAAUGGAUCGAGAAGGAAGUCUGGCCGGAAAUGAUCGACGAAUGAUAGAUGGAUCGGUUUUCGACUCGAUGUGUCGAGACUUUCCGUGCAGUGAUCAAUGAUCACUUAGCGAUCAAUGAUCGACGUGACGUGACGCGAUUUAGAUACUCUAAAGCGACUUGUGGUAGUAGUGGCGUUAUUACGAUAUCUAGUCUGAAGCUUUUCGUAUACUCAGUCUACGCAGCAUUUAUUUUUUCAAUUCCUUAUAUCUUACAAAAUGCGCUUUAGCGAAUUUUAUACUUUUAUACGUAUGAUUCUGCUCUCUCAAAUAAUAUAUAUCAUUCUGUAUGUAUACGUGCUUCAAUAAAACGUGAAUAUUCAGCUUA